UUUUCUCGCCGCUGCCCGUCACGAAGAGGAACAUGCCGGCUAAGGGACCUCUGCAGUCAGUCCAAGUUUUUGGGCGGAAGAAAACUGCUACAGCUGUUGCCCAUUGCAAAAGAGGCAAUGGCCUUAUCAAAGUUAAUGGAAGACCCCUUGAAAUGAUUGAACCUGCAACAUUGCAGUACAAACUGCUGGAGCCUGUUCUCCUCUUGGGCAAGGAACGUUUUGCUGGUGUUGACAUCAGAGUUCGUGUAAAGGGAGGUGGACAUGUUGCUCAAGUCUAUGCAAUCCGCCAGGCUAUUUCCAAGUCACUUGUAGCUUACUACCAGAAAUAUGUUGAUGAAGCUUCCAAAAAGGAGAUUAAAGACAUCCUAAUCCAGUAUGACAGAACCCUCCUUGUUGCAGAUCCUCGCCGUUGCGAGUCCAAGAAAUUUGGUGGACCUGGAGCCCGUGCUCGCUACCAGAAGUCUUACCGUUAAAUUUCAAAUUUUUCUGCAAAUAAAUCUUUGAAAAUUAAA